UGAAAAGCAAAAGUAACAAAUAAAAACAGAGCACGGCAAUUUCGUCGAACAAAAAGAGCAGAAAAAAAGUUGUUUGGACGAUGUAAUUAAGCUGUUCCACGUUGAAAAAUCAUCACCGUCGUUGUAGUUCGUAGUUAAAUGUGGUGGAUUUCCGCUCAUCAACUUCAACCACUUUCUUCCUCUCUGUCCAUCCCUCUGUCUCUGUCUCUGUGACUCUGCUCUCUCUUAAAUCCAACCCCUUCACUCUAUCUUCCCACCAUUAUCUUCUCCUUCGGUGGUACUUUCUCUGUUCCUUCUUGGGAGCUCCGUCUUUUCUCUUUCUUACCCAACGUUCCCCAACCCAAAAUCUACUCCGUCCUCUUGUGGGUCUCUCUCUUCACUCUCUUCCCUACAAAACCCACUUCUCGGAUCGCUUUUUGUCCAUCUCAGAUCCGAACCACAACCAUUCUCUGCAAAACAUGGAGCUCUCUUUCGUAGAUAAUCUCAAAGCUCAGCCUUUCUGGGUUCUAGUGCUUUUCGCUUUUGGUUCUCUCUCGCUUCUCAAAUGCUCUCUGUCCUUCCUCAAAUGGGUCUACGUCAAUUUUCUAAGACCCGGCAAGAAUCUCAAAAAGUACGGUUCUUGGGCACUCGUAACCGGACCUACUGAUGGUAUUGGCAAAGGCUUCGCUUUUCAAUUGGCUCGUAAAGGGCUUAACUUGAUAUUGGUGGGUCGAAACCCAGAUAAGCUCAAGGACGUUUCGGAUUCGAUUCAGGCCAAAUUCGGCAAGACCCAGAUCAAGACCGUCGUCGUCGAUUUCACCGGCGACCUUUCCGAGGGUAUUCAGAGGAUUACCGAGGCCAUUGAAGGAUUGGAUGUUGGGGUUUUGGUUAACAAUGUUGGAAUAUCGUAUCCCUAUGCUAGGUUCUUCCAUGAAGUGGAUGAGGAGCUUUUGAAGAACUUGAUCAAGGUCAAUGUUGAAGGCACUACUAAGGUUACUCAAGCUGUUCUUCCUGGGAUGCUUCAGAGGAAGCGAGGUGCAAUUGUAAAUAUCGGUUCCGGUGCUGCAAUUGUGAUUCCCUCAGAUCCCCUUUAUGCUGUUUAUGCUGCCACCAAAGCGUAUAUUGAUCAGUUCUCAAGAUGCCUCUAUGUGGAAUACAAGAAAAGUGGCAUCGAUGUGCAGUGUCAGGUUCCAUUAUAUGUGGCAACAAAGAUGGCAUCAAUCAAGAGAUCUUCCUUCUUUGUUCCUUCAACUGACGGUUAUGCCCGAGCAGCCAUGCGCUGGAUUGGCUAUGAGCCUCGUUGCACACCUUACUGGCCCCAUUCCCUUCUCUGGGGUUUGGCAUACUCAUUGCCCGAAAGUAUAAUUGAUGCAUGGCGGCUGUGGUUCUGCCUUGGAAUCCGAAAGAGGGGACAGCUCAAAGAUUCCCGGAAAAAGGAAUAGACAGUCAGCUGCUGCAUCAUUUAGUUUUGGCUUAGGAUGUGAGCAGAAGCAAUGGAAAGUUUGUUUUUCUAAAAUUUAGACUGAGGUUGGUCAGGAAAAGCGGUUUCAGUAGUGAAUGAAACUUGAGUGAAUGCUGAUUUUAUGCUAAGAAAACUUGCUUUUUAUUUAUUCCCUUUGAAUUCAAUGGCUCUCACAGAGUCUUUACUCCUAUUCAAUUUAUUUAUAUUCUCUA